UAAUCUUGAGAAAUUAGUUUCAGGAAUUGUUGCCCUCACCACCAUUUUCACGUCAUGGACGAUCUGGCAUUGCAUAAAUUAGCCAUGUCAGGUCCCACUCUCGCCUCCAUGAUCCAACGCCUCUCAUCUUCCGCCGCCGACGUCGACGGUCGCGUCUUCGGCCACGUCACUUACGUCGUCCCUUCCACUCUCCCCGACGACGAUUCUGCCCAAUCUUCUCCCGAUUCGCAACUCGUCGCCACCGUCUUCGGCUUCCUCUGUUUCUCUUCUCUCCUUCUACGACUCACACAGCCGAGUUGACUCCUCCCGACUCUCCUCUAUCACUCACCUCAACCACAAACCCCUCAUCGGCUGGUUCUCCUCCCGCCGCAAAACCCCCCUCCGCCCUUCCAUGCGUGAGUUCUGCGUCACUCGUUCUCUCUCCUCCACCCCCGGUAUCUCCCUUCCGAUCCAAAACUCCGAUCCCGAUUCCCUUUUCCCUCCGUCCAUUUUCCUCCUCUUCACCACUCCCCUACAAGACCAAUUCAUUCAAUCCCACCAGUAUCGGGCCUUCCACUUCCAAUCGGCCAGACCCUCUUUUAAUCCGCUGUCAAUCGAUGUCGUUAACAUUGGACCAGCCUUUAGAGGACAUUACGGGUCGUUUAGCCCCACUUCCGGGCUACUCUUUUUGAGCUGCGAGUUAAGGAGCUCAACACCCAUGAAUGAAGAUAGAAAUGAGGAGACUUUAAUUGGAAUGAAACAAACGGAGAAGGAUCAAUCCUUGUUGGAUAAGUGCGCCGAGGGAAUGCAUGUUGGGAGAUUGAGCCGGUUAAUCGGACUGGAAGCCACUAACUACACCGGUGGAUUAGAGGAUUUAUAUGAGAAAAUGCUUUUGAAGACCGAAAGCUUGGCCAGGCUCGUUGAAGCCAGCUCCGCUAAGGUUCUUGAACAGGAAAAUCUGAAUAGGAAGUUACGGUACAAAGUUGCCAGGUCUGUUGGGAUCGAAUAAUUGCUUCCUAUUUCAUGAUAGAAAAUUGUGAUGCUGGAGUGGACCGUUGAAAAAGUAUUCAACUUUGAUGUUUCUUAAGGUUGUGUUUAUUUCAUGACAAUUGAGCAUUAGUUGAUGUAUUGAACCUGCAGUCGCUGCCAGUAACGCAUGAACUGAAGAUUUCCUAAGGUGGUCCAUCAGUCCAAGGGUGGAUUUGAAGAUUGACUGUGUUUUUCAAUUACCUAUGGUGUUGUAAGUUAUUAUCUUUCUUCAGCCUUUUCUCUAAGAUCUUUUUUUUGUACUUUUGGAGACGCAAUAGUAUGGUUAAUGAUACAAAUAAGAAAUGAGAUUCAUUUCUGAUCAUGUAUUGUUACUUUGUUAGGCAAUUCUCUUCAACAAUUUAUCCA